GAGGGAGGAGUAGUCACCUCAUCACUCACCAACCGGGUACUAGCUAGUCCGAUAUGAUCCAUCUCUUAAGCAAGCAAGGUAGAGUAGUCUGAAGAACAAGCAAGAACAGCCAUGGAGAGAGCGUUUGUGAGCGCAGCGACCGGAGUAAUGAGCUCCGUCCUCGGGAAGCUGGCAGAUCUGCUCCACGAGGAGUACAAGCUCGCCAAGGGCGUCCGCAAGGACAUCGAGUUCCUGAGGUCGGAGCUGAGCGCCAUGAACGACCUGCUGUACGUGCUGGCGGAGGUCGAGGAGCUCGACGCCAUCAACAAGGGGUGGCGCGACCGGGUGCGGGAGCUGGCCUACGACGUCGAGGAUUGCAUCGAUCUCUCCGUCGCCCGGCUCGGUGGUGGUGCUGACGAUGCCAGAGCAGCAGGUCGCCUCGGUGCCAAGAAGCUGGUGCGCAAGAUCAAGAAGAUCAGAGUGUCCCUCCAGGUCGCUCACCAGAUCAAAGAGCUCAAGGAUCGUGCCGUCGAGGAGAGCAAGAGGCAGAAGAGAUACAAGCUCGACGGCCGCCUGGUCGGUGCUUCGCCUAGCAACAACAAGGUUGACCUCCGGAUGUGCGCGCUAUGGGUGGAGACGGAGAAGCUCGUCGGGGUCGACGGACCCAGGGAUGAGAUCAUCAGCUGCCUGAUGCCGGAGGGAGAGGAGCAGGAGCCCUGGCAGCAGGUCAGGACUCUGUCCAUCGUUGGGUGUGCAGGCCUGGGCAAGACCACUCUCGCCAAUCAGGUCUACCAAAAGAUUAAAGGAGAAUUUGAGUGCAGCGCCUUUGUAUCGGUAUCCCAAAAUCCUCCCAUGAAGGAUGUGCUGAUGAAGAUCUGUUCUCAAGUUGGAGCAACCGCCAGCAUGGCGGAUGAUGAGCUCAUUCUCGUCGCCAAUCUCAGAGAAAGACUCCAGAAAAAAAGGUACAUUGUUGUAGUGGAUGACAUAUGGCACUCCGAUCCAUGGGAGAUCAUUGGACAAGCAUUGGUCAAAACAAGCCCUGGAAGCAUAAUAAUCAUCACAACACGUCUGAAAGAUGUGGCCCAAUCAUGCUGUUCUUCUCAUGGUGGCCGUGUUUAUGAUAUGAAACCUCUUGACGACCACAACUCCAAAAGGUUGUUUUUCAAAAGAAUUUUUGACUCUGAAGACAAGUGUCCGCAUGAACUGGAAAGUGCUUCUAAAGAUAUACUGAAAAAGUGUACCGGAAUACCACUCGCAAUCAUUUCGAUAUCCAGCUUCUUGGCAGUUGAUGUACCACAGUCACCUGAUCACUGGAACAAGGUGAAAGAAUCUAUCAGUUCUCCACUCCCCGGAAGAAAUAAGCCUAUCGAUACAAUGAAAUCAGUAUUGUCACUCAGCUACUUUAAUCUUCCACACCAUCUGAGAACUUGCCUGCUGUACUUGAGUGCAUUUCCGGAGGACUGCGAAAUUGAAAGGGAUCGUCCGGUAUGCAGAUGGGUUGCAGAAGGGUUUGUUGAUCCAGAACCAGGAGAGAGUCCCUAUGAAGCAGGGCUAAGGUAUUUCAACGUUCUGAUAAACCGGAGCUUGAUCCAACCAUGGAAAGAGGACAAGGGCGGCGUGGUGCUGAGCUGUCGAGUCCAUGAUGUCAUCCUCAAUUUCCUUGCAUCCAAAUCAUUGGAGGAAAACUUUCUAAACUUGCUGGACCCAUCCGGGUUCCUCCCACCUUCUUCUCCGCAUAGCAAGGUUCGCCGCCUCUCUCUCCAGAAUACUAACAACCAAGAGCAAUGUUGGAUGAAGUCGAUCAAGCCUCAUGUCCGAUCACUUGCAUGUUGUGUGGACAGCAAAGAAUUGCAUCCUCUUACGGAAUUUGAAGCUGUACGCAUGUUAGACCUGGAAAACUGUGGGUCAUUGAGAAAUGUCCACCUUGCAAACAUCGAAAUGUUACUUCAGUUGCGGUACCUGAGCAUUAGAAGAACAAGGGUCAGUGAGCUCCCUGCUGGAAUUGGACAAGCCCAACGUUUGGAGACAUUAGAUAUAAGAGACACUGAUGUGGACCAAUUGCCGUCGACUAUUGUUCUACUUGAAAAGCUGGCACGUCUUUUCGUCAGUUCAAAGGUCAUGUUCCCAGCAGAAGGCAUCAGCAGGAUGAAAGGUCUGGAACAACUAGCAUGUUUCUCGAUCCGGGGGCAACCACAUGGCUUUCUGAAAGAGCUAGGGGAGCUUACCAACCUGAGAAUCCUUGAAGCAUUGUGGGCGGGCAUGGAUGAGAACUAUUAUGAAGGUAGCGAGUGGGGGAUUUUCACCUCUUCGCUCCGUGCAUUGGGUAGCCAUAAACUUCACUCUCUAGAUUUUAGCAUGACAAUGUACGAGAUUAAGAACCCCAUCCCCAUGGAUUCAUCGUUCCCUGCUUUGCCAAGGCUCCGGGCAUUUUCCAUAGGCCUCAUCAGCACUGUCCCUAUCUGGAUGGGUACACUAGCCAAUGUCGAGCUGUUACAGCUCCAUAUUUGUAAUUUUACUCUGGAGGAUCUGCGACCGCUUGGAGAUAUGCCGGCUCUCGAGACUCUUGUCCUAGACGUUGACCGUUAUGGAGGUCCUUUCACCAUCGUCAGUGGAGCAUUCCAGCGUCUCAAAUCAUUCAGGGUCCACAAGCUCUACCAACUGCUGUUUAUGCCUGGGUCUAUGCCUAACCUGAAACACCUUGACAUCAAAGGACUCACCUAUACCUGGGGUAGUAACAUUGAUCUCGGCAUCCAGCACCUCGCUAGCCUCAGCAAGGUCGAAAUGUUGGUCAAGGCCUGGCGUAACAAUAGAGAAGGCGUCCAAGCUCUAGAGGCCGAAACCCGGAGAUUUCUUGAUGCUCAUCCCAAUCGUCCCACGCUAACCUUCAAUUCAUUCUUUACCAAGAGCAAUCUCUAUCGAGGAAGGUGGGAACAAUGAAUAAUUAUAUUAAUUGUUCCUCCAAAGUCACAGGAGCUUAAGGAUAGCAAGAGCAAGAUGCUGGUCGACCAGUCUUUUGGUUACUUGGUGCGGUCCUGCUUACUAGCUGUGAGGAGGAGGGCAUCAAGGCCACCAGCAUGUUUUUGUUCACUACUAUAUGUACUUGUUUAAUUUCAUUCAUACCAUUUGCAGAAUUUCAUUAUUCAUGCUCUAUGAGAGUUGUUUAGUUGCUCCGCUUUUAUAGUUCUUGAAUAAGCAAUACUGUUUUAACGGAACUUGAUCACUCACUUGUUUGCAACGUUUUGACAUUUGGUAUCUCUGUUCCUAGAAUAUUGUAAUUUGCCAACAGACAGACUAAGUGAUAGAUUAUUAGUUGAGGUGUCCACUGUGAUUUUCCUA